AUGUCGACGCUGCUCGCGGCGGAGAACGCGCAUCUCUUGGCAGAGCAGGCGCAGCAGGCGGCCGGUGGUGCGCUCGUCGCGGCGAUCGCGCUCGUCACGUCCGCGCCGGGCGGCAUGCCGGACAUGGUGAGCCUGCACGCGGAGCUGCUGGCCGCGUCGCAGCAGCAGCAGAGCGCGCAGGAGUACCUCCGGCAGGCGAACGACUCUCUGCGCGGCGCCAAGCCGACCCUCGAGGCGGCGAUGCAUUCGCUCGUGAGCGCUCAGGCUGCCCGCGCGCCGGCGUACGGCGCGCCGCCACCCGCGUACGGCAGCGCCGCGCAGACGUACGACCCCUCCCACGGGACUAAGCGCACGCUGGACGGCGACGCAAAGGUGGCCAUGUACAAGACGGUGCUGUGCAAAGGGUUCGCGUCGGAAGCUGGCUGCCCGUACGGCGCCAAGUGCAAGUUUGCACACGGGCAGGAGGAGCUGCGCGCGAGGCCGGCGCCGGCGCCUCCUUCUGCCCCACCGACAUCGCAGCAGUAUGCGCCUCCGAGCGCCUACUUCAGCGGGAUGGCGGCGGCGGACCCGUAUGCGUACGGCAGCAACCCGAUGCCGCCGCCGGACCCGUACUACGCUGCGAGGCAGCUGCCGGCGGCGGACCCGUAUGCGAGGCAGCCGGCGGCGGCGGACGCGUACGUGAGGCAGGGGGUGGGCGCCCAGUAG